AUGAAUCCAGGGCAUUUCCUCUGCACUUUGCUAUUCAUGCAAGCAUUGUGGCUGCAGAUGACUAAUGGAGUAACUCGAGUAUACUAUGUGGGCAUCCAGGACAUACAAUGGAACUAUGCUCCCAAGGGAAGGAAUAUAAUCACAAACCAACCUCUGGACAGUGACAUGGUAGCUUCCAACUUCCUAAAGUCUGGCAAGAAACGAAUAGGCAGCACCUAUAAGAAAACAAUCUAUAAGGGAUACAAGGAUGACACAUUCAUGGAGGAAAUGACACAGCCUUCCUGGUUGGGCUUUCUGGGGCCAGUACUAUGGGCUGAAGUGGGGGAUGUCAUCAUUAUUCACUUGAAGAAUUUUGCAACUCGUCCUUACACCAUUCAUCCUCAUGGUGUUUUCUACAAGAAGGAUUCAGAAGGUUCCUUAUACCCAGAUGGAACCUCUGGUCAUCUGAAAGCUGAUGACUAUGUUCUUCCGGGAGACAGUCACAUCUACAACUGGACUGUUCCAGAAGGACAUGCACCCACUGAUGCUGACCCAGCAUGUCUCACCUGGAUCUACCAUUCUCAUGUAGAUGCACCACGAGACAUUGCCACAGGCCUCAUUGGACCACUUGUCACCUGUAAAAGAGGAACCCUGCAUGGGAAUUCUCCUCCUCGAAGACAGGACAUAGACCAUGACUUCUUCCUGCUCUUCAGUGUCAUAGAUGAGAAUCUUAGCUGGCAUAUUAAUGAGAAUAUUGAGUCUUACUGCUCAGAACCUGCUUCAGUAGACAAAGAAGAUGAAGAUUUUCAGGAGAGCAAUAGAAUGCAUGCAAUCAAUGGUUUCAUCUUUGGAAAUUUGCCAGAAUUGAUCAUGUGUGCACAGAAACCUGUGGCCUGGCACUUGUUUGGCAUGGGCAAUGAAGUUGAUGUCCACACAGCUUUCUUUCAUGGACAGAUGCUGAACAUCCGAGGACACCACACCGAUGUGGCUCAUCUUUUUCCAGCUACAUUUUUGACUGCUGAGAUGGUACCGCAGAAGGCUGGUAUCUGGUUAAUUAGCUGUCAAGUUAAUAGUCAUUUGCAAGGUGGCAUGCAAGCAUUCUACAAUGUCAAAUCUUGCUCCAUGGGCCCUCCUGUGAAUCAGCUCACGGGCAGAGUCCGGCAGUACUUCAUUAUGGCCAAUGAGAUUCAGUGGGACUAUGGCCCACUGGGACAUGAUGGGAGUACUGGGAAGAAUUUGAGGGAGCCAGGCAGUGGCUCAAAUAAAUUCUUCCAGAAGAGCUCCAGUCGAAUUGGGGGAAGUUACUGGAAAGUCCGAUAUGAAGCCUUCAAGGAUGAGACAUUCCAGGAGAAGUUGCAGACUGAGGAAGAUAAACAUCUUGGAAUUCUGGGGCCAGUCAUCCGCGCUGAAGUCGGUGACACCAUUAAUGUGACCUUUUAUAAUCGUGCCUCCCGACCAUUCAGCAUACAACCUCAUGGGGUGUUUUAUGAGAAAAACAACGAAGGAACUAUAUACAACGAUGGCUUAUCUCACCGCGGUUUGGUGGCCAAGACAUUUGAGAAAGUAACAUACCAGUGGAUAGUUCCCCAUCAAGCUGGACCCACUGCUCAGGAUCCUGCCUGUCUCACCUGGAUGUAUUUCUCUGCUGUAGAUCCUAUAAGAGAUACAAAUUCGGGUCUGGUGGGCCCUCUUCUGGUGUGCAAGGAAGGUGCCUUAGGUUCGGAUGGCAAACAGAAAGGAGUGGAUAAAGAAUUUUUUCUACUUUUCUCUGUGUUGGAUGAAAAUAAAAGCUGGUACAGCAAAACCAAUCAAGUAGUUGCUAUGUUGAAUCCCCAUCUACUUUCAAAGGAUAUUGAGGGUUUCCAGGACUCUAACCGGAUGCAUGCCAUUAAUGGGUUCCUAUUCUCUAAUCUGCCCAAGCUGGAUAUGUGUAAGGAUGAUGUGGUUGCUUGGCACCUGCUCGGACUGGGCACAGAGACUGAUGUGCAUGGGGUAAUGUUCCAGGGAAAUACUGUGCAGCUUCAUGGUAUGAGGAAGAAUGCAGCUAUGCUCUUUCCACAUACUUUUAUCAUGGCUAUAAUGCAGCCUGACCGAACUGGGACAUUUGAGAUUUACUGCGAGGAAAGCAACCACAGAGAAGCAGGGAUGAAAGCAAUUUAUAAUGUCUCUCAGUGUCCAGGUCACAAAACCACACCUCGCCAACGCUAUCAGGCUGCAAGAACCUACUACAUCAUGGCAGAAGAGAUAGAGUGGGACUACUGCCCUGACAGAAAGUGGGAACUGGAAUGGCACAACCAGUCUGAAGACAGUUAUAGUGACAUUUUCCUGAGCAACAAGAAUGGGCUCCUGGGUUCCAGAUACAAGAAAGCUGUAUUUAGAGAAUAUACUGACGGUUCAUUUAAGAUACCUCGGCCAAGGACUGGAUCAGAGGAGCACUUGGGAAUCUUAGGUCCAUUACUUCGAGGAGAGGUUGGUGAUAUCAUAACUGUGGUAUUCAAGAAUAAUGCCAGCCGACCCUAUUCAGUACAUGCCGAUGGAGUGAUAGAAUCUAACACUGGCUGGCCACUGGCUGCUGCACCUGGUGAAGUGCUCACUUAUCAAUGGAAUAUUCCAGAGAGAUCUGGUCCUGGAGCAAAUGAUUCUGCUUGUGUUACUUGGAUCUAUUAUUCUGCGGUGGAUCCCAUCAAGGACAUGUAUAGUGGCCUUAUUGGGCCUUUAAUAAUCUGCAAAAAGGACAUCCUGGACCUCAAUGGAGAAAGGAGUGAUGUAGACCGAGAAUUUAGCUUGCUAUUCUUGAUCUUUGAUGAGAAUAAAUCUUGGUAUCUAGAAGAAAAUGUGUCAACUUAUGGAUCCCAGGAACCAAGCCUUGUCAAUCUACAAGACGACACUUUCUUGGAGAGUAAUAAAAUGCAUGCCAUCAAUGGAAAGAUCUAUGCCAAUCUUAGGGGUCUUUCAAUGUACCAAGGAGAACGAGUGGCCUGGUACAUGUUGGCAAUGGGCCAAGAUAUUGACAUACACACUGUCCACUUCCAUGCAGAGAGCUUCCUCUAUCAGAAUGGAGAGAGAUACAGAGCAGAUGUGGUAGAUCUAUUCCCAGGGACCUUUGAGGUCGUGGAGAUGGUUGCUAGCAAUCCUGGCACUUGGCUGAUGCACUGCCACGUAGCUGACCAUGUGCAUGCUGGCAUGGAGACCAUUUUUACUGUUUUGCCUCAAAUAGAGCAAUUAAGCACUAUCAUAACCAGCACUGAAAAUAUUCUAAAAGCAAUACCCAGCGACACUGGAGAAGGCGAUGUGAGUUUGCUGGGCAUGAAGAUCCCUCUAAAGAAUGCUCAGAUAUUAACGGUCGUCUUGAUUUCCAUGGGUGUCAUUCUUCUGAUACUUACUCUGGUUCUUGGUGGUGUGGUCUGGUACCAGCAUCGGCUGAGAAAACUACGGCGCAACAGGAGGUCCAUCUUGGAUGACAGUUUCAAGCUUCUGUCCCUCAAGCCUUAA